GAGCAGGAGCACAGUAAGGGGCGGACUCUCAUACAAAGUAGUUAAAAGACCGGGUCACGACGGACAACAGGACGAGUGAAGAGGAGUGCCUGAGAAGCCGAAUUUCGGGUGUUCUCGGCACGGUCACCGCCUCCCCGAACCGGAUAGCCACCAACAUCCGUGGCUUCUUAGCUAGCCGAAUUUCAGCUUCCAUCCCGGACACAGGUUUGUGAUCAUGCUCGCUCGCCGAUCGGCUUGUACAACCCAGUGAGAACUUGGAGAUCUACCAGGGACCGAGAGAAGUCGGCUGCGUUUGAGCUGUCCAUCACACCGAGAUGCGGACGACCACAUUAACUUCGAUAAUAAUAAGUGGUAGUGGUUCUUAGAAUAAGUACUUUUUAUUGUAUAGCUGUAGAUCGAUAAGGGUAAAAUGGAAGGGAAUCCGUUGAAAGGAUGUUGGAACCGUGUGAAAACAUGGACCAUUCCGGCAAUAAAUUUAGAGGUCGGGGAAGUCAAGGAUAUAGUAUGGGCGAAAUUACAAGAGCCGAAAAACCAAAGGAAAUUGAUUUUAGUUAUUGUAUCUAUAGCUUUGUUGUUAGACAAUAUGUUGUAUAUGGUUAUAGUACCGAUCAUACCGGACUAUUUGAGGUACGUCGGUGCCUGGGGAGAACCGGAAGUCACGACGCUGGGACCUUUAAUCAACGGGACGAGAGCGACGAUGCCUCCUAGGCCGAGGGACCACCACGGACAAGACAGUGCCACGGGGAUACUUUUCGCGUCGAAAGCGAUAGUCCAACUGAUGGUAAAUCCGUUUUCGGGCGCACUCAUCGAUAAGAUAGGUUAUGACGUGCCUAUGAUGAUAGGACUGUGCAUAAUGUUCUUGUCCACGGCCGUCUUCGCCUGCGGUGGAAGCUACGGUGUUUUAUUUUUUGCCAGGAGCCUUCAAGGAGUCGGAUCGGCAUUUGCGGACACUUCCGGUCUGGCUAUGAUCGCAGACAGGUUCACUGAAGAGAACGAACGUUCUAAAGCGUUGGGCAUCGCGUUGGCAUUUAUCAGCUUCGGGUGUCUCGUCGCGCCACCAUUCGGAGGAGCUUUGUACCAAUUCGCAGGAAAAGAAGUCCCCUUUCUAAUCCUCGCGUUCGUAUCUUUACUCGAUGGUUUUAUGCUAUUGCUAGUUAUGAAACCAUUGUCAGAAACUUUAAAGGAAAACCGUCAACUGUCCAACCAAAAAGACACAGUACCGAUUUGGAAAUUAUUCAUUGACCCUUACAUCGCAGUAUGCUCCGGUGCCCUCAUGAUGUCAAACGUCGCGCUUGCUUUUCUAGAGCCGACCAUUUCACUUUGGAUGGAGGACAAUUUGACCACGGAUAACUGGAAAAUCGGCAUGAUUUGGCUGCCAGCUUUCUUCCCUCAUGUACUCGGGGUCAUUUUAACUGUAAAAAUGGCCAGGAAAUAUCCGCAUUAUCAAUGGCUGAUGGCAGCAGGUGGUUUGGCGCUUGAAGGACUUUGCUGUUUUAUCAUACCGUUUUCAAGCUCGUAUAAAGUCUUAAUGAUACCAAUUUGCGGUAUAUGUUUCGGAAUCGCGCUUAUCGACACUGCCCUCCUGCCGACCCUGGGCUACCUGGUAGACGUGAGGUACGUCUCCGUCUACGGAAGUAUUUACGCCAUCGCGGACAUCUCCUAUUCCAUGGCGUACGCAAUCGGACCGAUAAUCGCGGGCAAUGUCGUCGAAGCGAUCGGCUUUACAGCUUUAAACAUAGGAAUCGCAUUUUCAAACCUCCUAUACGCUCCUGUUUUGAUGUACUUGAGAAACAUAUACGAUUUCAAGCCGUUUGAAAACGAAGCGAAUAUACUCAUGGCAGAUCCACCCGAUAAACAGUAUCAGACUUAUACGAUGCAAGAUCAACAGCCGGUAACUGGAGAGGUUAAAAACCAUUUGGAAUAUCAACCUGAGGAGAAGUUCGAAGAGACCAGUAUGGACCGGUACAAGCAGGAGUCUCAAAAACCGGAGACGGCGUACCAAAGACAAUUGCCACAAGCGCCUGUCCAGCAGUCUACCUAUCAACAACCCCAGCAAGGUUACCAAACGCCGCAAUACAGACCGGCCCAGGGGCAAACUAGCUAUCAGCCUGCCCCUCAGCAACCCUACCAAUCACCUCAGUACCAAACCUCCCAAUCACAGUACCAACAACCCUUUCAAAGUGGACACGGCUAUCAGACUGGGCAAACCUACCAACCCCAACAGGAGCCGAGCGGUGAUACAAAUCCUUUCCGUCGUCCUGAGAGCGAAGCCGAUAGAAAUCCUUUCAGAUCCGGAUUUUAAAAAUCAUUUUUUGAUAACCAACCUAGAACCUAUCUAUUAUAUUAUUGCAACGAAUUAUAAAAACCGGUGUCUUAGAUGACAUUUUUGGAAAUUUUCUUUGGGUUUUAAAUAUUUAGAACUUCGUUAGUAAAAAGUGCGAUUAUUUAUUAAAUAUCGAUGUUUGUUACAUUUGAUUUUUUAUUAUAUACAAAGUACA